AUGUCAUCUCACGAUGCGGCAGGCAAUGAUCCGAAAGAUCUGCCUUCCCCGCUUUCAUUCGUGGAGCUAAUGGCGCUAGAGCGACUGGACGAUAUGGACUCAUCUCACACUGACAAGACCGAGCCUGAGAAAAUUGAGCGGUUUCGAUCUUUGUCUGCCCCCUUUCCCCCCGGUGAAGGCGACCGAGCAUUUGGGGGGCAUGCAUAUGCCCAGUCCGCCUAUGCGGCAUCAAAAACAGUCGAAAAGGGAUUCAUGAUUUAUAAUAUGACUGGCUCAUUCAUUCUUGGUGGUCGGCUCGAUGUUCCGUAUACAUAUACGGUUCGACACGUUCGGGAUGGAUUCAUGUAUUGCACGCGCUCUGUUGAUGCCCGGCAAGACGGUCGAAUAUGCUUCUCGUGCCUGUGCUCAUUUAAACGCGACGAAGGAGAGCAAACUUUUGAUCACCAACCGCUAGCCGCUCAAGAACGCUACAAAGAUAUACUUUCCGCCAAACGACCCGAAGACCAAUCCAUCAGUCCUAGCAUUGAUGCAGACUGGUGGAUUGAGGCUCUUCAGCGAGGCGAUAUCACCGAGCGAGAGUUUCCUGGACUAGACGUGCGCAAGACCGACAUGCAGGAUUUCAACGAAAGGAAAGAAAUCAAAGAAACUCCCGAGAAUUACCGCCAGUUACAGCAGUAUCGCCUCAAAGGAUCACCGGAUGCAGAUCGCAACGCAACUCUUGCAGUUAUCAAAGAGAGAGAACAAGCCGGAGAAUAUGAUAAUCUUUAUAUUUGUGCGCAUAUGUACUCGAGCGACAGAAACUCUCUUCUGCUGAUCCCGCGCGCUCUGGGAAUCAAGCGUUGGUCGGCCAUGUCUAGUCUCACCCUGAUGGUAGUUAUUCAUCGCCAUGGUGAGUCAUUGCGAAUGAUAGACUGGGAUUCAGUCUCCAAGAAUGGAGAAUCGGACCUAAGCAUGAAAUGGUUUGUCCAGGAAGGAUGGACACCCCAGUCGGCAGAGAACAGAGCUGUGCACGAGAGCAACCUAUGGAGUCCGGAUGGAACUUUAAUUGGGACUUCGAUCCAGGACAGCAUGCUCCGAUUGCAGAAGGCUCGGCGAAAGGAUAAAUUAUGA